UGCUCUGCGAUUUCUUCUUGGAUUUAGCGCUCAUACCAUUGCCUUCUGAUUCUGCAGCUCGAACUUGAGCCUUCCGCCACCCGUACCUCCUCCCACUCUCCCCAUCUCGACCAACAAUCCUUCAAGAUUCCCUACCUACUUCCAGCUUCGGUCGCCACAGUGUCUUCAAGCAGGGAAGCUGGUGCGCAAGGCAGUAAAACCGGUCAAAACUCUGCACACAAGGCGUCAAACACGCCGCGAGGGCCGCGGAAGAGGCUCGAUGGGAAGGAUAUCGGCACUACCAUCUCAGAGUGUGGCAUCACUACGAUGACAUCAAGAGAAGGUCCAGCUAUGAGUACACUGAGAAAUGAGCUCCCACUGCAGCCUCUGAGACGCUCUGCGCAAGUAUCGCAACCAUCCAGCUCCGUCCCUACCACGCCCUUCCAACAUCCUCGCGCUCGCUCAAGAUCACCAUCCCCGCGUGCCACUCUCGGUGGCCACUCUCCACGUUCUGUCACCUCAGAGACAAAUGGCCCUCUACCUUCCUUACGAAAACCACGCGCGUCAGGAUGUCGCUACGAGACAGGUGGCGUCUCUAGCCGGAGACGGAUACCCUACAACAUUGGCGACGCUCCUCUAGACAAGAUCGAAAAUGUGAAACAGCAUUUGAGUCCAGAUGAGGACAAGAAGCUUACUGCUGAUAUGAAAGAGUUGUACGAUCGCUUACUUCCAACCCAGGAGAGUGAGCGGAGCAGGUCAAAAUUGGUUCAAAAACUAGAGCACAUUUUAAAGACUGAAUGGCCUGCAGAAGACUUCAAAGUUCACGUUUUUGGGUCUUCUGGCAACAUGCUCUAUACCAGCGACUCAGAUGUCGACAUUUGCAUUCAAACCCCGAUGAAGGCACUGGAGAAAAUGCACUACUUGGCUGAUGCCCUUGCACGACAUGGGAUGGACCGUGUGGUGUGUGUGCCGUCUGCGAAAGUCCCAAUCGUCAAGAUCUGGGAUCCGGAGCUGCUGCUGUCAUGUGAUAUGAAUGUCAAUAAUACAUUAGCCUUGUCAAACACGCGCAUGAUCAAGACGUACGUCCAGAUUGAUGAGCGGGUGCGACCUCUGGCGAUGAUCAUCAAACAUUGGACAAAGCAGAGAAUUCUGAACGACGCUGCUCUCGGCGGUACCCUUAGCUCGUAUACCUGGAUCUGCAUGAUUUUGAACUUUCUACAGACGCGAGACCCACCCAUUUUACCUUCACUUCAUAACAUAGCAGGGCAUAGAAAGCUAACUAGCGAUGGCACCCAAUCGGAAUUCGCAGACGACCUGGACGCUCUCAGAGGGUCUGGAAAGUCGAACAAAGAAACUCUGGGUCAAUUACUCUUCCAUUUCUUCAGACUUUAUGGUCAUGAACUGGAUUACGAGACUUCGGUCAUCUCCGUCCGGAACGGAAGGUUACUUUCGCGCAGGGAGAAGAAGUGGCACGUGGACGAUCGAGUCAAAGAGGGGCGGGAUAGACUUUGCGUCGAAGAACCUUUUAAUGUGUCGAGAAAUCUGGGCAACUCAGCGGACGAUACCGCGUUUCGUGGUAUUCAUGAAGAGAUACGACGUGCAUUCGACUGUCUCGCGAACGGAGGCCGCUUAACCGAGGCCUGUGAGCAGUAUGAGUAUCCCACCGAAAAUCCGCAAUACACCGAGGAAAAUGGGAUAUUCAAGAAGCCCAGUGCAACAAAGGCAAUUCUCACCUCAACAACGCCCACUUCGACGCGAGGCGGCCGCGGUGGAUCUGGCUCCAAGGCGCGUGGUGUCUCGAGUCGACAAGGUACGCACAUGUAUGGCCGAAGGGCGUCAAGCGCUGCAAGUUUCGGCAACAAUCGCCCUCCAUUCUUACAAAGUCCAUCGCUAGGUCCACAGGAAUACGUGAAUGAUCUUCACAAACAGCUCUAUCACCAAUAUCAGCUCCUGGAGCAACAAAAGGCACAGCUGUACGCGCAGACACACGCAGGCGCGCAUCAUGCUCAGCUGCAAGCACAUCUACAAGCUCAGGCACAGGCUCAUGCGCAGAUCAUGGCUCAAUCUCAGGGGCGAACUCAUAGUGUCAGUGGAUCACCCCAAAUGUCCGGCUACACGUCUGGGAUGACAAGCCCAAGGAUGUCGGACAAUGGUCCCGCGACAGCGCCUCUGUUCCAUGGAUACUUAUACCACUAUCCGCGAACCUUGGAGCAAAUGGCGUCUGCGGCAUCACCGGACGGCAGCAGUCGGACAAAUCCUUCGUCGCCAUCCCUAGCAGCAACAAUGCCAUAUCUUCGGCGGACGGUCCAUCGCAGCUCUGCGGCAAGUGACACUCCAGCUGCAUCGGUAAGAUCACACUCUCAGCCUGCUCGCGUCUUCCCUCCUUCACACGCCAUUCCGGGCUAUCCAAUCCCGGCGAUACCACCAGAGUAUCUGUCACAGCCCCGUUACGACCUACAUCAGAUGCAACAUCCAUUGCAAGAGGCAGCACCCCAGCAACCCACAAGCGCCGAGCUCCCUCACCAGCCCUUAAACACUAGUACGAAUCUGCCGCAGCCGGUUCAGCCAGCUGAUCGUGGGAUCCCAAAAGAGUAUCUGGGCUAUUAUAUAGGCGAGUCACCCAAGCCACAAGACUUCACAGUCCAGCCUAUUCCUUCCUGGAGCGAGAUCGAAGGACGCCAGCGCCAGCGAAGAAUCAUACCAGAACACCACACAAGCUCACUGUUCCCGAGCUCGCUGAAGUACUCAAGAUCGCCCUCUCCACUUGGCAGUCAUUUUCGAAGCUUUUCCACCAGCGAAGGUCUUGGCUUGACUCCAACUGGAGCUGCGCGUCCUGGCAAAGCAGACAGAUUAGGCUCAGUACAACCAAAUCCAGAGAACGGGCUACUCAUUGUGAAUGGAUCAUACGAUCCAGGCAGGGUCAUACCUUCGCGAGAUGAGGUUGAAAGCUCCAGGAGUGCCACGACAUUAUCAGACACGUCGCCGUCCGAUAGUGUCUUCCCGCUGGAACUUCCUGAGCCACGCCAGAAACAACUUCAAGCCAAUGAGCUUUUGCAGCGGCGUGACAUUGGAGAUCAUUCCACACGUAAUGGAGCGUCUGCGAACUCCAUGGCGUCCCCUCGUUGGAAAGACUCGAAUGGCGAUGCUGAGACCAUGAACAGAUCGGGAACUCGCGAGGUUCAAUCACAACGACACCACCAACCUACCGAAGGCAUUCAGGCUAUCGAAAUUCCUAAAAGUCGGGAGAGCUUCCUGCACGAACCCAAAUCUGCUGGUCUAGGUCCAUUGCUAUCUCCCGUGCUGGAAACCCGGACACCAUCUCCAACAGCCAGCCGUGCUCUUGAGACUCGAAGCUCUAGUCAGGUCAAGCCUCUCUUACAUGCCGUACCAAACGGGAAGACUAAUAGCGAACAUCGUCCUAUUGCUCUGCCACCAAAGUCAUCAACGGACUCCAAACAGUCACAAAAGGCAGCUCUUCCUAGGAUCACUACGGAUACGAAUCAAUUUGAAACAAACGGUCUGCCCAAUAGCGCCAGUACACCACAAUCUGGAGUAUGGCAGAAGACGGGUUCUAAGAAGAGACUGAAGAAGAAGAAUGGUGGUGCAAAAGCAAAUGGAGAGGCAAGUAAGGGCUAUGGGGAGCCACUUCCCGUCAAUGAAGCAGAUAGAAAAGGAGGGUAGUCUCGAACUGAAUCGACAGACUGUCGCCAUCAGAUCGACAUUUGAUACCACAGUCUACAUGGUGUCAUGCGGAGCUUGGCCAUCCGCGAUUUGAAAAGCACUACGAUAGAUCAGACAUCCCGCCUACUCACAGCGAAAAGAGGCGUCAGGAUCUGGUCAUCAUCAGCAGACGUACCUGAAGUCCUUGGUUCAGACUGGAGUCC